GAGUGAAACCUGGUAGCCAAUCACAAGGCCUGUCAAGUUACUUAAUGCAAGGCGCGCAGUUUGAAUAUUCGGGCCAAUCAGGAGGACCUUGCCUUUAUAAAUAAGAGCAAGAGAUGUUGCUAUCUCUAUUGCCGUGAGGUGUACUCACUCAGCACUCUCCAUGGCUCGUACCAAGCAGACAGCUCGCAAGUCCACCGGCGGUAAGGCGCCACGCAAGCAGCUCGCCACCAAGGCGGCCCGCAAGAGCGCGCCGGCCACUGGUGGCGUGAAGAAGCCGCAUCGUUACCGGCCCGGCACCGUGGCGCUGCGGGAGAUCCGGCGCUACCAGAAGUCCACUGAGCUUCUGAUUCGCAAGCUGCCGUUCCAGCGGCUGGUGCGCGAGAUCGCGCAGGACUUCAAGACCGACCUGCGCUUCCAGAGCUCGGCCGUGAUGGCGUUGCAGGAGGCGUGCGAGGCCUAUCUGGUGGGGCUCUUUGAGGACACCAACCUGUGCGCCAUCCACGCCAAGCGUACGUUUUCGCUAAUUAUGUCUGGUCGCGGUAAGGGAGGGAAGGGUCUGGGAAAAGGGGGCGCCAAGCGCCACCGGAAGGUCUUGCGUGACAACAUCCAGGGCAUCACCAAGCCCGCCAUUCGGCGUUUAGCUCGGCGUGGCGGUGUCAAGCGCAUCUCCGGUCUCAUCUACGAGGAGACCCGUGGGGUGCUCAAGGUCUUCCUGGAGAAUGUGAUCCGCGACGCCGUCACCUACACCGAGCACGCAAAGCGCAAGACGGUUACGGCCAUGGAUGUGGUCUACGCGCUCAAGCGCCAAGGGCGCACCCUCUACGGCUUCGGCGGUUAAGCCUGCGCUCUCCAGCUAAUUUUCUGUAGCAACGCAUACGGCCCUUUUCAGGGCCACCUUUCAUUUUCCUGUAAAGAGGUUGCACUUAAUUUGCCCAGAGAGACUACAAUGCCUCUUCAAGUGCUGCUACGUGGAGGGGUACAUGGGAACGUGAGGAAAACUAGUAGUACAAAUUUAACACGGAAGCCUUGGUGGCAUAGUGGGUAAGUGCUAUGGCUGCUAACUAAAGGUCACCAGUUCGAAUCCACCAGGCGCUCUUUAGAAACUAUGGGGGUAGUUCUACCCUCUUAAAGGGUCGCUAUGAGUCGGAACCGACUUGACGGCAAGUGUACUACUACUUAACACAGUUUAGUGUUUAGCUUAUUCUUCAUAACAGCUGCCUUGAGUAGGUGGAACAAAUAUAUAUUUAGAUAAUGUGCUGAAGAGACACAGU